UGGAACAAUUGAUCCGGAAGCGUGCAUUUCACCACUCGCCAGCAAAGCGGUUACGCUGUGUUGGAGAAAUGGCAAACAGGUUCUUCCUAUUCAUUCUUUCUCUCCUGGGAUGGCUGCUCCAUGCUGCGCAGGCAGAGGUUUUGAUUCGCCGGGCGGAGGCGAACAACGUCUUGUAUCGCUACAAAAGGUACAACACGGGGUUUUUGGAAGAAAUCCUGGAGGGGGACCUGGAGCGUGAGUGCGUGGAAGAAGUCUGUGAUUUUGAAGAAGCUCGAGAAGUCUUUGAAGAUGACCAGAGAACGCUUAUAUUUUGGAAGAAAUAUCGUGACUCCUCCUGCUCAACCAACAACGGAGGGUGCAAGCAGAUCUGUGAGAACAGCCCCACAAAGGGAGCUGUUUGCUCCUGUGUUUCUGGCUACAGACUGAAAGAAGACCAGAAGUCGUGUGAACCAACAGUGCCCUUUCCAUGUGGAAGGAUCACAGCCCCGGAGGUCAAAUUGACGCACUCAUCAGAUACCAUGAGCACCCCCCAGAAAAUGCCGGGCCAUCCUCCACAGCCAGCGAGACCAAAGCGCGAGGCAGUUGAGAUGAACAGCGUGAAAGGGGAAGUCCCGUGGCAGGCUUACAUGUACAGCUUUGAGAGGAGAGGAUUUUGUGGAGGCGCUAUCAUCGACGACAAGUGGGUUCUGACUGCCGCUCACUGCUUGGUGCACCAGCCUCACACCGUGGUGGCAGGUGAAUAUAAUACAGAUGUUUUCGAACACACGGAGCAGCUUCGUCGCAUCGUGAGGGCAAUCCCACACCCAGCGUACAACAUAAGCAAGAGGUACCAGAAUGACAUUGCCCUUCUGGAGCUGGAUUCGCCCUUGACACGGAACAAGGACGUCACCCCCAUCUGCCUUGCGGACGAAGCAUUCACCAACCGCCUCCUCGAGCGCAAAUUUGGCCUCGUGAGCGGGUGGUGGACACCGUUGGACCAAAGAAAACCAGCAAAUGUUCUCCAGGCUCUGAAAGUCCAUCAGCUUGACCAGGAUAGGUGCCUGAACAGCACAGGACGUACCGUCAUACCGAACGUGUUCUGCGCGGACAGCCGCACUGCAACUAAGAAAACAUACCAGGCAGACAGUGGCGGCCCUUAUGCCACCGACAUUGGCGGCACUUGGUUCCUCACAGCCAUUUCCACUUGUGGGGAGCAGUGUGCUGGAGAGGACAAAGAAAACGUUUACACUGGAUUAGCAGACCAUAUUGAGUGGAUUAAAAACACAACAAGCCUUAUGUAAUUAAGAUAGAACCAAAAAUUAUUUUCUUUUGCCUUUUGGAGAGCUACGGUAGGAUGACGGUAUCCACAAGUGAUCGUAUUCCAAGCCAGAAACCCACGUAUAGCUUAUUCUAUGGCUCCCCCUAGUGGCCAGUUCUGAUAAUACACCUUGGAAACAAAAAAUUUCUUGGGGGGGGUGUUAAUGACUAUUUUUAGGCAGUGGAUAACUGAAACCGUGGGUACUGAUCCUGCAGAUACUGUGGCCCUACUGUACUCUGAUGUUGGAAGGGCAGGGAAAUGUAACCAUUCUAAUUCCACCCACCCCCUUUGAAUGGUUUCACAGAAAUAACAAUAAAUAACUAAACCACCACAUAA